GCACUGCGGAACGGGCGUGGUUUGAAUCCCAUCUAAAAACCCCGUACAAUAACAACAGCCAAACCGUUCCAAUACCAGCAACAGACGUAAAUUACAAUAAGCGCUUUACGAUAAACAGUAAGGUUACUGCGCGAGUGACAGCGGCGGACCGAGCAUGUCUGCACACGUGAACAGGGACAGAAGUGUUUUGUGCGGUUUGAAGGCUGAGGCAGAAGAGGACAGCAUAGAGAGCAUGGACAAUGACAGCACGCCGCUGAUGAGAUCCAGAGGCCCCAGUCCCCUCGGUGACAGUAUGAUGUCUGAUAAAGUUCUUAUUAAUGAAGUCACACAUGAAAUACCACAUAAUUCACACGAGGCAGAGAGUGUCAUUUCGACUGAGAUAUACGGAGCUGAUUUGCAAAGAACUCUGGGAGAGAUUCUUGCAUACUGUCAGGUUACAUAUGGAGCCAUUCUGAAACUCGAUGAGAAGUUUGAGAUGCUCCAGGCGAAGGUAGCAAGCAUCCAGACCAGUCAUCAGAAUCCAGCUGUCCACUCUCAGAGGAUGUACUUGUCAUCCAGCUACAGAGACAGCUGCCAGGCCAAGUCUGAAACCUUGAUCGGUUCUGAAGCGUCUAUGCCCCACCUCGUUCAUAUUUCCUCUACGUCUCCCCUUCCGUCUGUGGAGAGCAGGAAACCUCCUACACUCUCCCCCGGCCCAGAGGUGCCCAGCCCUCCUCGACUUUUUAUCCAGAGCCAGUCCCGCAUCUCCGUCAAGACCACUGCGCCAACACACACAACACAAGAAGCUUUCAGCAGGAAUAAAAUGAGUCUAAUGCAGCAUCUUGAGCGGGUGAAGAGACCAGCUGAAAUAAGCUCAGAGAUCAGUGACCGUGCUUCAACUGCAGAUCUGACGAAUACGAGUUGUCUGGGCGGCUCUGACAGGAAGGUGUUCCUCUCAAACUGUAUCCUACAGAGGGCUGGGAAAAUGGCACGACCCAGUGCGGCGGUGCGGUACCUGUCGAGAAACAUCUUCACAGCGGAGGAACUCUCUCAAAGCAGCACCACUGGAAACACAAAGAGACGCCUAAAGAGACUCGACCCAAACAAGAUCGGUGCCAUCAGAGAGUGGGCGGUAAAGAGAUACCCAAAAUUUGACCUUCAUGAGAAAAGCAAGGACUGGAAAAUGUGUCUGUCUGUAAUCAACUCGACGGCCCGCUACUAUCGGUUCAUGGACAAGACACGGAAGCUAAAGGUACAGGAAAGAGCAAACCUUGAGAACAGGACCGAGUCAGCACCUACAGCGGUUACGUGUGCAGCAGCGGCAGAGAUUGAUGUUGAACUGUCCGACAGCGACACGGAGCAGAAACAGCAGGAAACACUAAUGAGCCACAGCACAGAUCACAACAUGCCCACAGACUGGGAGUCAACCAGCGUGUAUCUCGGCCCCCCUCAUCGGGAUGUGAAGGUUCCCGAGUUUGCCUUGUCUGCAGCACAUCUGCGAACACGUCCUGAGCUCAUCGCUCGAUACCUGAUUAAGUUCAUCUUCCCAGAGGAUGUGCUGGUGCGCAGUAACGUGUACGGCGGGGUGCGGCGCGGCAUUCAGGCCCUCGACCACAACAAGAUCUCCGCGCUCCGAGAGCACCUGCUGGAGCGUUUCCCCUGGAUGAGGCUGGAGGAAGACGGAAGCGACUGGAAGGUUUGCGUAGGCGCUAUAAACAGCACCAUCCGCAAGUUUCGAUAUGAGCGCAAGAUGGGCAUCAAGAGAGGGAUACGCUAGUGCCGAGUAUCCGAUCAAAACGGCGGUGAAACCUUUGUUUGUACACAGUGACUGUUUGUGUCAAGAAAUGCUGUCAGUAGCUGUUACUGGUUGUUUUUC